AGCUUCUACAACAAGACCCAAGAAUUCCGCACGUGGCUUCUGGAAGAGCGCAAAAUAAACCCGGAGGCCAUAUCCAAGGACCAGGAGCGCAAAGAAUUCGCUGUUUUUGUUGAAGAUUAUAACACUGCGACCCUCCCUCACGAAAAAUACUACCACAUGGAGGCAUACGAGCGACGAAUGACGUCGUUACGAGCCGGCGAGUUCGUUCCACCGGCAGAAGACUCCUAUGAUCCUGAGGCUGAUAUACGGGCUCACUCUUUACGACACAAGAGAGCGCCCGCCGAACACGAAAGUUAUCUUAGCAAGGAAGAGCUUAUGGAGUUGAGGAAGGUUCAGAGCGAGAGAGUUGAGGUUGGGAAGAUGAAACUCUUGGGUAUGGAAGUGAAACAAAAUUUCGGGGUUAGGAUGGAUAGAACUAUGUUCGAUGAUUGA